GAUACAACUACUCUGGCUUCACUUCUAUAAUUUGAUCGGAAUAUUCCCAAUUGUUCUCUAAAUCUAGCAAUUUUCAACCCACUAUGAGUGACACUGGUAAUGUGACAACAUUUGAGCAGACUGACCUUGUGGUUGACAAUGGAUCCUUCCAGAUGAAAGUUGGUUUUGCUGGAGAUGAGGCUCCUAAAAACGUAUUAUCAUCUGUAGUUGGACACCCUAAACACGAAACUGUAUUGAAUGUGGAGAAACAAGAUUGCUAUGUAGGAAAUGAAGCACAAAGCAAAAGAGGAAUACUAGCUCUCAAUUAUCCAUUAGAAGGAGGUGUAGUUACGAAUUGGGACGAUAUGGAGAAGAUCUGGCAUCACACGUUUUACAAUGAGCUGUGUAUUGCCCCUGAGGAACACCGAAUUAUUAUGACAGAGCCUCCACUCAAUCCUAAUUCAAACAGAGAAAGGAUGACUCAAAUCAUGUUUGAAACCUUUAAAUUUCCUUCAUUCUAUGUUGCCAACACAGCCCUCCUCUCUAUGUACGCUUCAGGAAGGACCACUGGAGUUGUUGUGAGUUCUGGUUAUGAUGUGUCUCAUAUUGUUCCUAUUUAUGAGGGUUACAAUCUUCCUCAUGCAACUUUAUCUGUAGGUUUUUCUGGGAAAGAGCUCACAAAUCACAUGAAGAAACUUCUUGGUGAGGGAGCUUACCAAUUCACAACCAUGUCUGGGUCAAGUGAGAUUUGCAGAGACAUUAAGGAGAACACAAAGGUUUGUUACGUUUCUCCAGACUAUGAAGAGGAUAUGCGGUCUGCUGUACUAAGUUCUGACACUGCUGAAAUUCAAUAUGAGCUACCUGACAGUCAGAUUAUAACUAUCAUGAAGGAGAGAUUUAGAUGUCCAGAAGUUCUGUUCCAACCUUCACUGGGAGGGAAAGAGUCUCCAGGAAUUCAUGAAAUCUGCUACAAAUCCAUCAAGACGUGUGGUGCAGAGAUCUGGAAGGACCUUUAUGCUAAUAUUGUCCUCUCUGGAGGCACUAAUUUAUUGCCAGGUAUGGCAGAGAGGUUGCAGAAAGAGAUUUCUAAUCUAGCUCCUCCAUAUUUGAAAGUUAAAGUCAUUCAUCCACCUGAGAAGAAAUAUUCUGCAUGGACAGGGGGUUCAAUACUCGCUUCCCUGUCAACUUUCAAGGAAAUGUGGAUAACCAAAGAGGAGUAUGAAGAAGCCGGUCCAAGAAUAGUCCAUCAGAAAUGUUUCAGAUAAUUUCUCAAUAUUCAGUCCAAUUAUUCAGUCCAAUUAUUCUGUAGUGUGUUCAUAGUGAAAAUAUCAGUGGGAGACACUUAAACAAACUUUAAAACUUUUGAAGACAUUGAACAUUGAUUUUUUAGAAGAAUGGCAGAUUUUGCUGUUAACUUAAAUAUAUUUGGAUGCAAUUCUUUUUUCUGACUAC